AAAAUUGAUGAGUUUCAUAAACUCAAGAAAGAACAUUCUGAAGCAAUAGAAGAGCUUAAUACUCGCCUGAGGGUUUUGGAAGAACGUCUUCAGAAGAGUAUCUCCACAUCAAAUGUUUUUGCGGCUCAGAACUGUGAACCCGCCGUGGGUGAAAAAAAGGCGACGUUUGCGAGAGUUUCUUCAUUACCUAUUGAUGAUGCUGCGAAAGUUGUUUUGGAAGGUAAUCAAGAAUUUUUGGUGUUUCGAAGUGGUUCAUCAAUCGGUAUUGAAGAUGCGGUUGCCUUUCGGCAACGUGGAAAUUCCCUACAUUACCGCAAAAAAGAAUUUUUGUAUGAACUUCCAAGGCCGGGUGUUAUUGGCUCCGCCGAACGUUUUGUCUUGUCCAUAUUUGGUCGGUGGAGUGGUUGA